GGAUGAUUUCAUUGCUCUGCUCUACCUCUUAAAGCUUAACAGAUCAGAGUUUGAGUUAGAGGGUGUGACUAUCAACACAAAUGCCUGAACUGAUGCUGGACAUUCUGUGAAUCAAAUCUAUGACAUCCUUUACAUGAUGGGGCAUGAUGAUAUCGCUGUUGGAGUUGGUGGCGAAGGUGGAAUACUAAAAGAUGGUACCAUUCUUCCUAAUGUUGUUUAUGUAUGUCAGGGUGUUACAACCACUGGGGGAUGUAGAUAUAGACAAGCUAUCCCAGUAGGUAUUGGAGGUCGUCUGAAUGUUGAUACAAAUUUUGGCAUUAGAAAAGCUUUUCUUCCUCAGUAUCUAGCUUCUGUUCUGCUUCUACUUCUAGGGGUCUCUAAUAUUGGAGUACCAAGCUUGCUGACCCAAAAUGGUCACCAUUUUCUUCAUGGAUAACUGGCUAGUAU